UUACAGGACACACUGAAAUCAUCACCACCAGAAAGCAAGGUAAUGAAAAGAGCCUCACUAGCUGGAGUUUCCACCACAACCUUAUUCUAUGUACUUUGUGGUACCAUUGGCUAUGCAGCCUUUGGAAACAAUGCUCCAGGAAAUUUUCUUACUGGAUUUGGUUUCUAUGAACCUUUUUGGCUAAUUGACUUUGCCAACGUCUGCAUCGCUGUCCACCUUAUCGGAGCUUAUCAGGUUUUCUGCCAACCAUUAUAUGGAUUUGUGGAGGCUCGUUGCAGCGAACGAUGGCCAGACAGCAAAUUCAUCACCUCAGAAUACGCGAUGCAAGUUCCAUGCUGUGGAACUUACAACCUCAACUUAUUCAGGUUGGUUUGGAGAACAACCUAUGUUAUAGUGACAGCGGUGAUUGCAAUGAUAUUCCCCUUCUUCAACGACUUCUUGGGGCUGAUCGGAGCAGCAUCGUUCUAUCCAUUAACCGUUUAUUUCCCAAUAGAGAUGCACAUUGCUCAGAGAAAGAUACCAAAGUAUUCUUUCACAUGGGUAUGGCUGAAAAUAUUGAGCUGGACUUGUUUGAUCGUAUCACUUGUUGCAGCUGCUGGAUCGAUCCAGGGACUUGCAACUGAUGUUAAGGGUUACAAGCCUUUCUCAAAUCAUCAAUAAGUUUUAAAAACUGUUCAAAUUAUUGAAUAUGUAAUGUUAUCAAUAACAGGUGUAAUGCAAGCUGAAAUAUGGCUCUAUGUUAUUAUUUUUAUACAGUGUGCUUCUUUUACAUGGA